AUGGAAAAAAGACCUCAAAAUAGUCAAUAUGAUACACUUUAUGAAGUCAAACAAUAUCUUGAUAAACAUCUUGUUCCUAAAGCUAUGAAUAUUCUCAAAUAUGUUGCAUCUGAACAGAUAUUUAGCUGUGCUGGUCAUAUUAUUGAUAAUAAUCAUACUUCACUAGAUCUAAGUAUAAUAACUACACUAAUGUGCUAG